AUGGAUUUCUCUGAUCCGAUCACAAUUCUCCUGUACAUUAUAACGUGUGUUUUUGUGGCUGCUUUUUUAUACAAGCGGAAGUCACGCAUUCAUCCGAAUUAUCCUCCUGGACCAUGGCCUUUCCCAAUCAUAGGAAAUAUUCCCAUUUUGAACUUCAAGAGACCCCACGUAACAAUCCAAAAGCUGGCUAAGAAGUAUGGUCCAGUGUUCAGCAUAAAAGUAGGACACCAGAAUAUGGUCGUCCUGAGCGGGUAUGAGACCGUGAGAGACGCUCUGGUGAACCACGCGGAGGAGUUUUCCGACAGGCCCAACAUGCCAAUUCAUUAUAAUAUAGCGAAGGGUUAUGGUGUUGUGUUUUCUAACGGGCAUAGCUGGAAAGCGAUGAAACGAUUUACCCUCUCUACACUACGAGACUUUGGUGUGGGGAAGAAUAACAUAGAAGAGAAGAUCAAUUACGAAUCUGAUUGUUUAGUAAAAAAAGUUAAAUCCUUUAAAGGAAAACCGUUUGAUGACACCAUGAUACUGAACACCGCUGUAGCCAAUAUAAUUGUAUCCAUCUUGAUCGGUCAACGCUUUGAGUAUGAUGAUUCAAAACUUCAGAGGCUUAUAACAUUAGUGAUAGAUACUAUCAAAAUGCUGGGCAGCCCAAGUGUCUUCAUGUACAAUGCAUUCCCCUCUCUGAUGAGCUGGUUUCCUGGAGGUUACAAAACUGUGCAAGAGAAGAUAGAUGAAUUUCACUCGUUUAUCAGGGAGACAUUGACGAGCAGGAAGAAUCACCUGGAUGUAAAUGACCAGAGGAAUCUUAUCGACGCAUUCCUUGUCAAACAGAAAGAGGAAAAACCAAAUCCGGAAUUAUAUUUCCAUGAUAACAAUUUAACAGUUCUUGUAACGGACUUAUUUGGUGCUGGAACGGAGACAACCUCCGCUACCCUGAGAUGGGGCCUCCUGCUCAUGAUGAAAUAUCCUCAAAUUCAAAAAAAUGUUCAAACUGAAAUUGAAAAUGUCAUUGGGGCGGCUGAGCCUCUAAUGCAACAUCGCAAGCACAUGCCAUAUACUGACGCGGUCAUCCAUGAGAUUCAGCUGUUUGCAAAUAUCUUACCUACUAAUGGCCUAUGUAUGACUACUCAAGAUGUCAUGUUCAAGGGUUUCUUUCUACCAAAAGGUACUUCUAUAAUACCAAUGCUGUCGUCCGUACUACAAGACAAAGAGUACUUUGAGAGACCUGAUGAAUUUUACCCUCAACACUUCCUGGAUUCUGAUGGAAAUUUUGUUAGGAAUGAAGCAUUUUUGCCAUUUUCUGCUGGUAAAAGAGGUUGUGCUGGAGAGAAUUUGGCCAAAAUGGAACUAUUUCUGUUCUUUACAAGACUGCUGCAGAACUUCACGUUCCAGGCUCCUCCUGGGGCUAAGCUGGACCUCCGUGCUGCUGUUGGUUUCAUUACUGCUCCAGUAAAACAUGAGAUCUGUGCAAUUCCACGCAACUAA